AUGGCGUCCGUGUUCGACUUAUUUCUUCUGUUUUUUGGACUCAUUUUACGAAUAGUAAUUAGUGGAUUCGGUUAUAAUUUGCCAGUAAUGUCAGUUGGAUUAUGUAAAUUAAGAUUCUAUUUAACUUAUGUUCUAGCUUUAUCGUCAUUGACAUAUAAAUGCUUAGCGACAAUUGAUCGGUGUUGUUCAACGUGUCGUACUGUUAAAAGUCGAACAUUUAGUAACCUAUCAUUGGCUCGACAGUUGUGCGUUCUAACAGUAUUAUUUUGGUUACUGACAUUAUUACCAUUUCCAUUAUUAACUAAUAUUUAUGUCAUCGGAGAAGCAAAUCAAACAAAAUCAAAAGUAUGCAAUUAUUAUUCAAUAAUCUAUGCAAAUUUUCACCUUUAUUUUAAUAGUUUACUUUGUUUUAAUUUAAUUCCCAUAUUCGUCAUGACAUUGUUUGGCAUAUUAACAUACAAAAAUCUUCGUAACAGAAUUGUUCCUCUACACCAGCGACGUUCACAUCGGAAUCGUAUUGAUGUUCAAUUAACAAAAAUAAUGUUAUUACAAACACUAAUUGUUAUCGUAUCAUCCGUUCCACCAACAAUAUUAAAUAUGUAUAUGGGUUUAACAAUAGACACUGAAAAAAAUUCGUUUCGUUUAGCCCAAGAAAAUUUAUUUUCAACAAUAGUAACUCUAUUUUUCUAUACACAAUAUUCAACUGCAUUCUAUUGUUUUUCUAUUUUAUCGAAAUCAUUUAGAGAACAAUGCCUUCAAAGAUCUGGUUUUCGGAAACUCUAA